AUGUAUUAUGAGUGGAUAGAUAAUGGCAAUAUUACUGUUUAUUUAAAAGAAAUUGAAGAAAAUAAAUAAACUCUUCAACCUCUCUAAUCCUUUAUACCAUAAAACUAAGAUACUAUUUAAGCUUAUGCUCUUAAAAGCACAUGUUGUAAAAGAGUUUUAAUCGUUGAUGAUGAAUAUUUUAAUAUGAUGGCAUUGUAAAUGUUAAUGCAAUUAUAUUCUGCCAUUUGUGAUAAAGCUUAUAAUGGAAUGGAAGCUAUUGAAUAAUUAAAUGAAAAAUUAAUUAAUCCUUGUUCAAAAUGUUAAAACAGUUGCUAUUAACUAAUCUUCCUUGAUAUUAAUAUGCCAAUUAUGGGUGGAGUUGAAACUGUUAAAAUUAUUAAAAGAAUUAUGAAUAAUAGAAUAAUUAAAAAGGUUUAUGUUAUUGCCAACACUGGAUUUAGUGAUUUGGAAACUAAGGAAAAAGCAUAUGAUGCUGGUAUAGACUUUUUUAUGACUAAACCUUUAAACAUUAUGACUUUUAAGAGUAUAGCAUCCAAAAUAUUCCCAAGAGGAUGA